AUGCAGCCUGUGCUGGCUCUUCUGCCACCGUUUCUUGCACGAUUGAUUUCCCUGACAGCAGCGGCGCUGCCGUCCAAAGCAAAAGACCUCUUGGCAGUGCCUGUGAGCAGAAACUCACGAGGCAGUUUUGCACACGACGUGACUACCAAGAGCUUCUUCUGCCAGCCUCACCAGCUUCCGGCUGUUUUGGAACUCUACCGCACGGAGGGCCCUCGUUUGGAUGCUGCAAGUUCAGGCCAAGGCUUUAGCGAGUGCGAGACUAUUUUGAGCAAGAAGGAUCGUCCCAGGAUUCUUGCUCUUUAUACAAAGGGUGAUAUGUGGGCACCGAUAGAACACUCUCGCAGACUCAGAGGCCUUCUGUCUCAAAAGGAUGAGGUCAUCGACUUGUCUGCGGAUGUAGCUGUAGAUGUGAAGCUCGGAGCUCCUGGACAUUCCUUUGUCCUUUCCCGCGAGCAUAGCAAAUGUGUGGCUGGCGUCGUGGCUGCUUCACUUGCGAGGAAUACAGCUGGAAGCGGAACAGGUCGGAACCGGUGA